UCGUUGGUGAAUGCACUGUUGUACAUACGUCAUAGGUUCGGUGCCGUUGCUGUGUGUGCUGCGAGUCAAUACAGUUUUCAGAACAAUACUCGGAUUAAGUGGACAUUAAAUGUAGGACUGGACCUUUUUUCUUUCUAAAGUUUGGUAAAAGUUUCAAAUUUCUUGUGGAUAUUUUAGUCAGAAACUUUUUGGUGUUUUUGUGACUAUUACGGGUACAAUACUGUGUCUUUAAUCGAUUCCUUUCAUUGCCAUGUUAUUUUUUCCAAAGACGAGUCUUUAUUGUGAAAAAAAUGCCAUUGAACAUAGUGAAUAAUUGAUUUCAGUAUAUAUUGUGUACCAGUGCAUUCUGUCUCUGAAGCCACCAGAUCUGACGUGGAUCAGACAAAUGAACUUAGAACUCUGCAAGGAUUUGGCGUUAUGACGAAAUUUUGUGACGAGCAUAAUAUCCAUCGGAAUUUGGUGAUUGUUAAGUCACUGUUUUACGGAGGUUGAGGAGGAAAUUACACACAUAAUCAUAUUAAUUGAAUGGAAAUGAAGGGAAAAGAUGGUGACAAAAAUCAUCUAAGUCCCUUUGAUCAGAAUGGAACACAGGGAAAAGACGGACGAAUUUCGCCGUCAUGGCGCCCUCCGUCCGCUAAAAGUUCUAGAGUGGGGGACGAAGAGGAAGAAACUGGACCUCGUUUCCGACUGUAUGAUAAACGGUCAUGGGAGGACCAAGUUCAGAAGGAAAGGGAUGCUCAAAGGAAGUUAGACAAGAACAAUGGCAAAGCCGUCGCACAUCUGGUUGAUGGUGAAUUAAAGUUUGAAGACGAUGAAGAGGAGGCUAGGAAGACAAGAGAUCCCACGCUACAGGAGGGGAAUAUCUUGCCUGAUGAACUUUCGGAGGUGUUCACUGUUGAUUACUAUGGAAAACCCUUGGAGGAAAUUGAUAAAUAUAUCAAAGACAAGACAUUUGUAGCAAUAGCACCACGUUUCUCAAACAAAUACAUUCACCGCUUCACCGCCACCAAAGCUCUUGGGUGUCUGACGCCUUGGAACCCUGUUCGAAAGUUGGCUGUGUAUAUUGCCACAAAUCAGUUUUUUGACUAUCUAGUCAUUUUGACAAUUUUGUGUAAUUGUGUCUUCUUAGCUAUGCCAGACGACCCUGCCUCAGAAACUGCAGAAUAUGUCUUUCUAGGAAUUUAUACCUUGGAAUGUAUUGUAAAACUUACAGCUCGUGGAUUAAUAAUUAACAAGUUUACUUAUUUACGAGAUCCUUGGAAUUGGCUAGAUUUUGUAGUUAUUAUAUCAGCAUAUGUCACCAUUAUCAUAGAUUUCACAUCAUCGCCAAGUACAGGAGAAGAUGAUGGAAGUGUAUUUAAUCCUCAGAUGUUACGAACAUUCCGAGUAUUACGAGCUCUUAAAACAGUGUCUAUAGUUCCAGGAUUGAAGACAAUAGUGGGUGCAUUGCUCCGAGCUUUCAAGCUACUCUUUGAAGUGAUCAUCUUGACCACCUUUUGUCUGAUGAUCUUUGCAUUGUUUGGACUCCAGGUGUAUGUUGGGAUUCUGCGACAGAAAUGUGUAGCAAAUAUCCCUGAGUACAAUGCCACACCAUCCAAGUCAUAUUUAGCUUACUAUGAUGAAUGGAUAAAAAAUGAUGCAAACUGGUACCAGGAUGGAGAAGGGGAAUACUUGAUAUGUGGGAAUGCUUCGGCUGCAGGAUCAUGUCCGAGUGGUUACACCUGCCUUCCAGACAUAGGAGAAAACCCUAAUUUUGGCUAUACAAGUUUUGACCAUUUUGGUUGGGCUAUGUUGACUUCAUUUCAGCUGAUCACUCUGGACUUCUGGGAAGACACGUACAAUAAGGUUAUUCGGGCAAUGGGUCCAUGGAAUGUCUUGUUCUUUGUGAUAGUGGUUUUCUUUGGAUCCUUUUAUCUCAUCAACUUGAUGCUGGCUGUUGUAGCUAUGUCUUAUGAAGAGGAGGCUGUCAAUACCAACAGGGAAAAAGAAGAAAAGGAAAGAAAGGAAGCUGCAAAAGACAAGUUAAAAAAGGAGGCUGCAGCAGACAAGGCCAAAGCUGACAAGGAAGUCGCCAAAGACAGCACCAAAUGGAAACCACCAAAGGAGGACGGGAAGCAGUCAAAUGGCACCAACAACAACAAGGACUCCAAAGAUUCAAAAGUAGGUAGCAAUUCUAAGUCUGGGACUGUUACUGUCAAUGGAAAGCCUUUACAAAAUUAUGGCAAGGGUCGUAAUCCUAUGGUCAAAAUGCCAAGUAAGGAUAGCGGAUACUCUGUUCAGAGUAAUGUCAGCUCUCACUCUGGAGGUAGCAAGGACAAAGAUGACCCUGAUAAUAUCAGCCUAGACAGCCAGUCUAACCCACGCAAAGCCGACUCUGGUACCGGGUCCAUGUCACAUGGCCUUAACUCUGACAGCAUUGACAAAAAGACCACCACACCAAUAAAGCCAUUUAUCAAGCAGGACAGUUUGGCAAAUGUUUCUUCCUCCGGGAUACAUCUUGGUGACAAUGAUGGAGACCUUUCUACAAAGACUAAAUCUAGCAAGCCACCUCCAAAAAUAAUCAAAGGAAGCUUAAAAAACAGUGGUGAGGAAAGCACAGGUAGAAAUGAGCCAGGAACACUGGUGGACAGAAAUCACUCCUGCAUGGGGAAAUGUUGUUACUGCUUCAUCCCCUGGCUGAGGCUCCAGAACCUGGUCUUCAUCUUCGUGUCAGACCCACUGUUUGACCUCUUCAUUACACUUUGUAUUGGUGUGAACACAAUUUUUAUGGGGUUAGAGUACCACAACAUGCCAGAUCAACUGGUUACGGCCACAACAGUUGCCAACAUUGUCUUCACUGUCAUUUUCACUCUUGAGGCAGUGCUGAAAUUGACAGCCUUUGGAAAAUUUUACUUUUCCAAUGGCUGGAACAACUUUGACCUGGUAAUUGUGGCAGCCAGUUGGAUAGAUUUUGGGUUGGCCGAUUUGGAUGGUGUCAGUGUCAUCAGGACAUUCAGAUUGUUGAGAGUUUUUAAGUUGGCCCAGUCUUGGAGAACAAUGCGAGUCCUACUGUCUAUAAUCAUGAGUACGCUUGGGGCACUGGGAAACCUGACGGUCAUUCUCGUUAUCAUUAUCUAUAUAUUUGCUGUGAUUGGUCUACAGUUGUUUAGGAAGAGCUACACAGCAGAUAAAUUUGGAGAGGAUGGAGUACCAAGAUGGAAUUUCAAUACAUUUUUCCAUGCUCUGAUGUUGAUUUUCCGUAUCCUCUGUGGAGAGUGGAUUGAGGAGCUGUGGAAUUGUAUGCGAGCAGCUGACGAACUAUGUAUGGUGGUCUUCCUGCCAACUCUAGUGUUUGGAUACUUUAUUGUUCUCAAUCUUUUCUUGGCCUUACUACUGAAUGCUUUCGGAAGUGAAUCUUUGAAAGGGUCUGAUGAUAAUGAAGAAGAAGACAAGCUUGCACUAGCAUUUGGAAAGAUAAAGAGAUUCUGCUGUUGCUGCUGUAACAGAUUCAAGAAAACCCCUCGAACAGCCUCUGUAGGACCAGAUGAUAUAGAUGAGGAAAAACAAAUUGGCAUGACAGAUUUAGAUAGUGACACCAAAGAUAAGAAAGCUAUAGCCAAUGGGACAUUAAAAGCAAAUGGCAUCAACCAUGAUAAGGGAGAGGUGGACAAGGCAUUUGAUGCAAAGAGAGACAAAUUUUCCGAUUUUGAUGCUGCAAGAAAAGCUUCCAAAGCAAAAGACUCAACAGCCAGUAAUGCUGGUAGCACUUCCAAAGCUGGAGAAACUAAGGAUAAAAAGGACAAAAAAGACAAAGAUGGUAUGGCUCUGGGUGAUGAAGCCAAUGACAUGGAUGAUGAUGAUGAAAAUAAAGAAACAGUUGUGGAGGAUUGCCUCCCAGGAUUCUGCAUGUCAAACCAUGCCCUCUGGUCAGAUUUUGAUGAAUCCAGCUUUGGGAAAAAAUGGUACAAAUUGCGAUACACUAUGUGUAAAAUUGUGGAGCACAAAGCCUUUGAAUACAGCAUUCUUGUGUGCAUUGCCCUAAGCAGUAUGUCUUUGGCCUUUGAGGAUGUAUAUCUGUACACUCGUCCAGAACUGGAGGCUGCACUGUACUAUUCAAACAUUGUCUUUGCUGUGCUGUUCACAAUUGAAAUGUUAAUGAAAUGGAUUGCCCUAGGAUUCAAAAAAUACUUCACAAGCUUUUGGACAAUUCUAGAUUUCUUCAUUGUUGUGAUCUCAUUGGCCAGUUUGAUAGCUGAUGCUGCGGGUGGUGAAGACAUCUCAGCAUUCCGAUCCCUGAGGACACUCCGUGCAUUUAGACCUCUUAGAGCAAUAUCAAGGUGGCAGAGCAUGAGGAUUGUGGUCAAUGCUCUGAUGCUGGCCAUCCCCGCCAUUCUGAACGUCUUGGUUGUGUGUAUGGUCUUCUGGCUGAUCUUCAGUAUUAUGGGAGUCCAGUUCCUUUCUGGUCGAUUUUACAAGUGUAAGGAUGCAAGCGGUGAGGUGUUGCUCCCCAGUGUUGUAGCUAACAAAAGCCAGUGCUUGGCAAUGGCUUCCACACACAAUUACACCUGGGUCAACUCCAAUAUUAAUUUUGACAAUGUUUUGAGUGGCUAUCUUGCUUUGUUCCAAGUAGCCACAUACGAGGGAUGGAUGGAAGUUAUGGACGAUGCCGUAGAUAGUACAGAUGUGGAUAAGCAGCCUAGCUUUGAGAACAACCUAUACAUGUACCUGUACUUUGUGGCUUUUAUCAUCUUUGGGUCGUUCUUUACCCUCAACUUGAUUAUUGGUGUCAUUAUCGACAACUUCAAUGCCUUGAAGAAAAAGUAUGAUGGCAGCGCUUUAGAUAUGUUCUUAACACAAGGUCAGAAAAAUUACAUGAACACCUUGAAGAAGCUGGGAUCCAAAAAGCCACAGAAGACCAUCAAGAGACCAAAGGCGGCAUGUCAAGCAGUCUUCUAUGACGUUGCAGUGAGCACCAAGUUUGACCUGUGCAUAGUGGUUGUGAUUUUCAUGAAUAUGAUUGCUAUGGCUGUAGACCACUACAAGAUGACAAAAUAUGUCUCAAACAUCUUAGACAUCCUCAACAUUUUGUUUACCACUAUUUUUACCCUGGAAAGUGUGAUCAAGAUAAUUGGGUUGAGGCAUCACUACUUUCGACAACCAUGGAAUGUGUUCGACUUUGUAGUUGUGGUCGUAUCACUUGUUAGUAUCAUACUGGAAGAUCUUCUUGCAAGCAUCUUUAACCCCACAUUGCUUCGCGUGUUUAGGGUGUUCAGGAUAGGGAGGGUUCUAAGACUGAUUAAGGCUGCUAAAGGUAUCCGGAAGCUUCUGUUCGCCCUUAUUAUUUCCCUUCCAGCUCUUAUCAACAUUGGAGCUCUGCUGUGUCUCAUUAUGUAUAUCUAUGCCAUCAUUGGCAUGUCUUUGUUUGGAAACAUGAAGAUUGAACUUCCAUUGGAUGAUACUGUGAAUUUCCAGACUUUUGCCAGUAGUUUUGUGUUACUUCUCCGUCUUUCAACAUCUGCUGGUUGGAAUGACAUUUUGGAGACCAUGUAUUUACAGCCACCAGACUGUGAUCCUGAUUAUGCUACUCGGCCAGAGGGGGGUGAAAAAUUUAAAUAUUCCACAGGAGAUUGUGGAUCUCCAGCGUUUGGAGUGUUUUAUAUGGUGUCUUACAUUCUGAUUAUAUUCUUAGUGGUGAUUAACAUGUACAUUGCUAUUAUUUUGGAGAACUUUAAUCAGGCCCAUGAGGCAGAAGAAGUUGGAAUAACUGAAGAUGACUUUGAUGAAUUUUAUGUGGUUUGGGAAAAAUAUGAUCCUUUAGCCACUCAGUUUAUCAAAUAUGAACAUCUCUCUCACUUUGUGGGGGAUUUAGACCCACCAUUAGGCAUACCUAGGCCUAAUGAAAUUGCUUUAGUGGCAUUUGAUCUUCCAAUUGUUGAAGGAGACAAAAUUCACUGCUUAGAUGUGUUGAUUGCUUUAUGUAAAAAUGUGUUAGGUCGUGUAGAAGAAACAGAGGAAUUCAAAGAGCUGAAAUCUCAAAUGGAAGAAAAGUUCCAGGAAACCUUCCCAACUCGUGUGAACACAAGUAAAACUUCAAGUACAAUGCAGAAAAAGAAAGAAGAUGUAGCGGCUAAGACACUUCAGAAUGCUUGGAGGACAUUCAAAACUCAGAAGCAGCUCCGAAAUCUUACCAAGAUGGCAAUGCAAAAAGCAGAGGCAGAUGAAAAUGAGAAAAACUCUAAAACACGUGGGGCCAGUCUUGCUAAUCUUGGCAAACGUCUAAAUAGUGCUCUGAGCAAUUUCUUCAGCUCGUCUCGGCCGAGUAGUGCAACAAGUAGACACAGUAUCAAAAGUCAAACCACAGUGACCACACCAGGAAAUUCUCAAAGGAAAUCCAAAAGUACUUUACAGGUUCCUGCAGUGGGUCCCAUCUAUCCAGCCAAAGGCUCUGAUAAAGAGUUGGAAUUAUGAUAUCAUUGAAAGAGAAAAUGUGGUGCAAUUUAUUCUAAUACUGUAGUAGAUUAACAAAAAAUGUGCGCCUGUAAGGUUAACUUCAGAGUGCUACAUUUGUGUCUAUAGGAGGGCAUUUCUCUCUGUGUGAAAUGCAUAAAAUUCAGUAUUUUUUACAAAAAUGGUUGACUUAACUUUUGUAAGCUUUGACUGAAUCAGUGUGUACUGAUUGUUUUAUAUCAGGUGAUUUUGGUUGGGAGUGCAUUUAAUAAUAAGUCCCAUGACCAUAGCUGCAAACAGGAGAUGGGUUUUAAUUCUGUUCCCAAACUGGGAAUUCAGAUUUUAACAUAUAUAUUAUUAAGAUUACUGUGUCAAAACUCACUGAUGCCAAAAAAUUGAUCAAAAUGUGAUAACAUGACAGUUCUAGAUUAUCAUAUUAUUGAAUUGUGUUUCAACGAAAAAAAAAAAAAGAAGAAAGACAUCUUUGCUUGUAUUCUCAUGUUGUUUUUAGUAUUGAUAUUGUCAUUAUUGUCUCCCCUUGAUAAAAGGAAGACAUUGGUUUUUGUGACUGCUUUGUUUAUGUUUGUGUCAAGACUUGAGAAAAUAAUUAGGGUAUUUGUGUCAGAAUGAAAGAAUACAUGUGUUAUUAUAAGGAUUUAUGGGAAAAUAUAUCAAAUUUCCCAUAGAGAAUAAGAUUUUAUGAAUGCAUUUUUUUUUCAUGCAGCAUUACUUGUAUCUGAAAGAAAUCAAAUUUUUUGUAUGGAAGAUUUGAAUAACUUUAGUAUUCCACAUUUAUCGGUAUUAAAAAAGUCCAUCUUUUAUUUUAUUGAAGUUGAAUUUUUAAAAUAGGAAGCUUCAUUCACUGAACAUUUUUACAUAAAGAACAAAACAUUGUGGAUACUAGCUUUUUUUCCAUCUUAAUA